AGUUUGGGAUUUAGAAGAAAAAUAAAUAAAAUCUAAAAUAGAAUUAAAGAGAGAAAAUUUAAACAUUACUUAAACAUCAGGAAUUUAAACAAAUCAUAAUUUAGAUUAAUCAAAUAUUAACAAUAAUAAUUAAGAAGAAUUAAAUAUUUUUACUGUAAUUCAUUUUCAUGAUACCUUUAUAUAUGGUGGAUUUAAAGACGGUUUAAUAAUAAAAUAUGAUUUAAAAACAGGCGAAUAACUAUAAAGAAUUAAAGGACAUAAAGAUAAAAUCACAGAAAUAGACUCAUAUAACGCUUAUUAAAUUAUAUCUUCAUCAUUUGACUCGACAAUAAGAAUAUGGAAUAUUUAAGUAAAAUAAAUUAAGAAAUAUAAAAUAUAAAUAUAAAAAGACAUAAGAAGAAUAAUAAAUAAUAUUAGUAAAUGGCAGUAUAAAUUUAAUGAGAUUAAGUAGCAAAAGCAUCUACAUAAUAGUUUAAAAUGAUAUAUUUAUGGAAAUAAGUUAAAAUGUAUAUAAAAAAAUACUAAAUAAAUUAUUUAAAUUCGUAAAUUUUAAGAGGAAAGCAUAACUUCUUUUAUAUAUCAUAAUUAACUUUUAUACUUGGCAACAAUAUAAAAUACAAUUUUAAUUUAUGAUAUUUAGAAUGUUAAUUCUGAAAAACCUGUAUAAGUACUUACAUAAUUAGAUGAAUGGGUUUUUACUAUGAAAGUUUUUAAUAAUUAUUUAUAUACUGCAGGUGAUGAUUGCAAAAUUAAAACUUGGAAUUUAGAAAAAGGAUGUAAAUUAUAAGAAGAAUUUGAAGGACAUCUAAAUGGAGUUUCUUGCUUGGAAUUUAUAGAUAAUAUGAUGUAUAGUGGAUCUUAU